AUGUCGAGAAGGCCGGUUAGCAUCUCGAUAUUGCUACUUUUUUUGGCGUCCGUUUUCUUGUCUGUUGGAGCCACGAUUUCGUACGACGAUAAAGCCUUCGUUAUCGAUGGCAAACGCAGAAUUCUCAUCUCGGGCUCCAUUCAUUAUCCAAGAAGCACCCCUGAGAUGUGGCCUGAUCUUAUACAGAAGGCUAAAGAUGGAGGAUUAGAUGUCAUACAAACUUAUGUGUUUUGGAAUGGCCACGAGCCGACACGUGGCAACUAUAAUUUUGAGGGGCAGUUUGAUUUGGUCAAGUUCAUCAAGCUCGUGCAGAGGGCCGGGCUUUACGUCCACCUGCGCAUCGGCCCUUACGUUUGUGCAGAAUGGAAUUUCGGGGGAUUCCCUGUUUGGCUGAAAUAUGUACCAGGAAUAGAGUUCAGAACAGAUAAUGAGCCUUUUAAGGCUGCUAUGCAAGGAUUUGUUGAGAAAAUUGUCAACUUGAUGAAGUCAGAAAAUUUAUUUGAGCCCCAAGGAGGACCAAUAAUAAUGUCCCAGAUAGAAAAUGAAUAUGGACCAAUAGAGUGGGAAAUUGGUGCACCUGGUAAAGCUUAUUCAGCUUGGGCAGCAAAAAUGGCUGUGGGUCUUGACACUGGUGUUCCAUGGAUCAUGUGCAAGCAAGAACAUGCACCUGCUCCCAUGAUAGACACAUGCAACGGUUUUUACUGUGAAGGCUUCCGGCCAAACAAUCUUAAGAACCCGAAAAUGUGGACCGAAGCGUGGACCGGCUGGUACACAAAGUACGGUGGACCAAUCCCUUUCAGACCGGUUGAAGACUUGGCUUUUUCAAUCGCAAGGUUUGUUCAGAACAACGGGUCGUUCUUCAAUUAUUACAUGUACCAUGGAGGAACGAACUUUGGCCGGACAGCAUCCGGUCUCUUCAUUGCCACCAGCUAUGAUUAUGACGCCCCUUUGGAUGAAUACGGACUUACGAAUGAACCGAAAUAUGGCCAUCUGACAAAUCUACACAAGGCAAUUAAGCAAUGCGAGCCGGCUUUAGUAUCUUCCUACCCAACAGUCUCGUGGCCCGGUAAAAAUCAGGAGGUUCACGUCUUCAGAACAAACUCGGGAGCUUGCUCAGCAUUUCUCGCCAACUACGACACCAGAUAUUCCACUAAACUGACCUUUCAAAACAAGCAAUACAAUUUGCCUCCUUGGUCAAUCAGCAUUUUGCCCGACUGCAAAACUGAGGUUUACAACAGUGCCAGGAUUACCUCCAAGGGUUCAACCGCUAAGAUGAUACCCGUGGGAGGAGGAUUAUCUUGGCAGUCGUAUAACGAGGAAACUCCUUCUGCAGAUGAUAGUGAUACACUUCGAAUGCAAGGUCUAUGGGAACAAGUGAAUGUUACCAGAGAUAACUCGGAUUAUUUAUGGUACCUCACUCAAGUCGAUAUCGAUUCUGAUGAGGGAUUUCUAAAGACCGGAAAAUGGCCUUCUCUAACAGUUAUGUCAGCAGGCCAUGCACUGCACGUUUUUAUCAAUGGCCAGUUAUCAGGAACUGUGUAUGGGAGCCUGGAGAACACGAAAUUGACAUUUAACGGCAAUGUGAAUUUGAGAGCUGGAGCAAACAAAAUCUCGUUACUUAGUGUUGCUGUGGGUUUACCAAAUGUGGGCUUGCACUACGAGACUUGGAACACAGGAGUCUUGGGUCCCAUCACCUUGAACGGCCUCAACGAGGGUACACGAGACUUAACAGAACAGAGCUGGUCAUAUAAGGUCGGUCUGAAAGGUGAAUCGCUCAAUCUCGACACUGUUACCGGAAGUUCCUCAGUCGAAUGGGUUCAAGGAUCCCUUUUAGCUCAAAAGCAACCCCUAACGUGGUACAAGACUACUUUUGAUGCACUUGAAGGGAACAACCCAUUGGCAAUAGAUAUGCUUAGCAUGGGAAAAGGUGAAGUAUGGAUUAACGGCAACAGCAUAGGGAGGUACUGGCCUGCUUAUACAGCAAAAGGAAACUGUGGUAAAUGUUAUUACGCAGGCACGUUUUCGGAAAGCAAAUGCCAGAGUGGCUGCGGCCAGCCCUCUCAGAGAUGGUAUCAUAUCCCACGUUCGUGGCUCAAGCCGAGUGGAAACCUCUUAGUCGUGUUUGAAGAAUGGGGCGGUGACCCGUCUAGCAUUUCCUUGGUUACUAGAACAGCAUCAUGA